AUGGCAGCGCCCUUGUCUGUGGAGGUGGAGUUCGGAGCAGUAGUGAACCCUGGCAAGAGGGCGGUGCGGAGUCUCCUGUUUGACGGUGUGAAGAAGCAUCAGGUCACCUUGCCUGGACAGGAGGAACCCUGGGACAUCCGGAACCUCCUUGUCUGGAUCAAGAAGAACUUGCUAAAAGAGCGGCCAGAGUUGUUCAUCCAGGGAGACAGCGUGCGGCCAGGGAUUCUGGUGCUGAUUAACGACGCCGACUGGGAACUGCUGGGUGAGCUGGACUACCAGCUUCAGGACCAGGACAGCAUCCUCUUCAUAUCCACGCUGCACGGCGGCUGAGGGCCCUUCUCUGUGCCUGGGCCCCCUUGGGGUGGGGAGAACAGAACAAUCAGACAUCCCCUUGGGCCCUGCUUCCAGAUCUCCCUGUCUCCCUUGGCUGCUUUCUUCCCUCCUCUGUCCCCUGAGCUCCCUCCAGGCAGGGAAAAGAGGCCAGGUGCUAAAAAUGAGCCUUUCUCAGGCACGUGAGCAGGGGAAGGCAGGCAGGCGGGCAGGCACCCGAGCCCGGCACUGCCUCUCCCAGCAGCUGAGGUGGGGGAGGGUGCCCCUCAGUUUGUCAGGAGUGGAGGGGUCUGUGCGGCCAGGUGACCCUGCAGCUCUCUACUCCUGUGUCUCAGUCUAAACACUGAGUGACCGCUGACAAGGCACUCCAGCUCCUGGGCCGUGGUGCCUUCCUGGGGGAAGAUGAAUGGACCUGAAUAGCUGAUGGCAGGCCCCUCCCUUCUCAAAGAUUGGAGGGGUCUCCGCCUCAGUUUCCCCAUCUGGACAGCAGAGGGCUCUGCCUGUCCCCCCACUGAUAUCAUUGUGGAACCCCAGCUGGGGUUCCCUAUUCAGUGCUGCCCCCACACACACAGCAGCUGCUCUUCCAGCCACACCCCUCCUCCUGCUCCCCCAUCCACAGCCCUUGACCCUGGCUGGCCUCCCCCCACACAGGCCACCAGAUGGGCUCCUGAGACCCUCCUCCCGGCAAAAGGCUGCCAGCAUGCAGCUCAUUCCGCUGAGGGGGGGAGAGAAGGAGGGUGUGGGCUAAACCUUGGACUGGCAGAUAGAGGUUUGGGGGGUCAAUGUGCCUCAGUUUCCUCCUCAACAACAACUGAAUUUUUAUAGUAUCUGAAAACUGGGGAGAUAUUUGAUGGCACAAAUGUACACUUGAUCUCCUCUCUCACCUUCUGCAGGAAGCAGGAUGGGGGCAGGCAGCACCUGGUAGGCAGGAUGGUUCACCCCUCCUCCCUCCAUCCCUUCUGGAAGUCUUGGGGCCUCAGUGCCUGCAACAGCUGGCCUUGGGCAAAUAAAAGACUAGGUUGUUUACUG